GUUUGUCGCUUUUUCUAUGACACCAUCGAACGACUAGAUCCAAAGUUCCUGCGCUCGCUCCAAGCUCGACGCAAGGGCUACAACAGAAUGAAGCUUUUGGUCGUCUUUCAUGUGCUACUCUCCUGGAUCUCCUUCGUCUGUGUUGCGCAGGUGCACGGACAGGAGCAUCUGUCGUUCGAGAGUGGCGCCUCAGUACGACCAGUUGCUGACGAUGAGAACCCACGUGCGUACCUGAUACCGGAUAAGGUGGCAAAAAACAACGAUGGAACGGCUCCUUUGCCGCCUCCAAAGCCGAAGUAUGAUUUUGCGCACCGGACCUUUGUGCGGAUGCGCACGAAACCGCGGCUGAUAGCGGAUCAGAUACCGCCGGUGGACAUGACCUUUUUCGUCGACUACCGAUCUGAGGACCUCUGGCGCAUUGACUACUUCAACUUUUUGCAGGUGGACUACCACUUGGGAGGAGGGAGCAGCGCUACGACAAACGCGACAUCGGAAAGCCCGCAGAGUGGCCCUAGACAAGGGAAUGGUGGGUUUUUUGCUACGUCCACCGCCUCGUCAUCAGCAGUUCGAGAAGAGAGUCAGGGGAAUGCCUAUGCUAGAAACGGAGAGCUGCUGCUUGACGGUGCUGCCAAGGACAGCAGCGAGGUAGGAGCGGCCGGUUCUAGGAGGCAAAAAACCGAUGGCCGACAAGGGAUUGUUCAGACUGUUUUUGGUGCUGGCACUACAACUGCAGACAAGAGCACACAUAAAGAAAAAGAAACUAAAACCGCCUCUGACAAAAGUACGUCUGAAAAGACGAAAUCCAAAAAGCGAAAAAACUACAAGUACUUAUACAAGAACGGGGCCCGGGCGUGCAUUACCGAGGACGAGAGUGCGGAGACCCAUGCGGGCGGCGGCAGUUCCUGGUACAAGUUGGAACUGUUUCCGGAUCUCACGAACUACACCUUCACGGGCACGCUCGUUGUGAACGAUAUCCUCUGCCAUGAGUGGACUUCCGGUGUGCCCCGGGACGAAGUUUCGGUCGACAAGGGCGGGUAUUUGAAGUUCUACACAGAUGCGACUAGCACGGUGUCGUCGACGACCCGUGCGAGAGAUGGUGCGGCAGCAAAGAAUGGAACUACAAGUACACCAGAGAUGACCUCCACAUCAGUACCAGUCGGCGCGCCGGUGAAGUGGCUGGCGUUUCGUGCACGAAAUCCAGCGUUUGAUGCGCAUACCGACGUGUGGGAGAUGGACUACUUGCUCUUCGAGCCGUCCUACGAUCCUGAAAACAUGUUCGACAUCCAAUCGCAACUUCGAGUUUUCGACCUGCCGAAGGAGUGCGCGGAGAACCCCAUCGUGUUUCCGUCCAUGUCGCUCAAGUUUGGAAUCGGGAAGAGGCAGGAACCGAUCGAAAUACGAGGAAGCAAAGUACAUGCGGAAGAAGAGGCACGAGUAGAGGCAGCAACCCCAACUACAUCAUUUUCCGAAUUGUACGACCGAACUAGUGCGCACGGUCAUAGGCUUGACCCUGUGGUGCGACUCGGGCAAAUGCUGGCGGAAAAAACAGUUGCCGAGGAGCAAAUGACAUUGUGGCUUGCUCCUCGAGAAGAAGAAGAGCUAAGGUUUUUGCUACAGCAUCCGGAUGUCCACGACCACUUGUUUCGUCACAGAGGAAACCUGCCUGUCGAAACGGAGGAAACACUGCGAACUUGGCACCGGCAGGUCUUUGGUAAAAUUGAAUCUGAACUACUGCCACAUGAGAGAGGCGCUGUCUCUGGUAAUGCGCACAUUAGUACUUCUUUGGUCGUCCCUCCACUGCCUCUACACGAAGAAGCUACAACGACGCUGGAGCAGCAAAAGAGAGAAGAUGAAAAACAGAGCCAAAACCAGCAGAAAGAACAAUCCGAAGAUGAUUCACCUUCAUCCCUGGACGCUGACGAGCAGCCGCUGUUGGGCCGUAUCGGGGUGUUCACGCCCGGGUUAGGACUAAAGCGGGAGAAGAACGGGGUUCAAGUCGUGUUUGUGAAAAACGGCACGGUUUUUCCCGUGCUCCCCAGCUUCUACGAUUUGCGGUUUCUCCUCGGGCCCGUGAAGGACCAGGGCAUUUGCGGGAGCUGCUGGAGCUUCGCGUUUAUGGCGCCGGUCGAGGCGCAGCUGGCCAGCCGCGGGCAGCAGGUGGACAGCCCGGGGGGUCUCAGCGAGCAGUUCAUUCUGGACUGCGCGUGGGGCCCGGGCUCGCACGCCUGCGACGGCGGAAACGCGGGCGCGUCGGCGCUGAUCGACAUCCCGAUUCCCGACGCCACCGCCUACGGGGGCUACCUGUCCGUCGCCGGCCGCUGUCACACGCCCCUGCGCAGUCGGGCCGUGGCCACCUACUGGAUCCUGGUGCCGGCGUUUCAGAAUCUCGCCACCCGCGUCCGGACGGUUAAAGAGGCUUUGUUUCGCAAAGGGGUGCUGAGUGUCGUGCUCCAGGCCGUGCCCGAGGUGCUGUACUACGCCGGCGGGGUCAUCGACGCGGAAUCUUGCGAGAGCGUAAAACUAGAAGACACGGACCACGCCGUCGCACUUACCGGCUUCGAGGACGGCAGCGCGAAGCCCAGCUGGUCGCUGCGCAACUCCUGGUCCACGGCCUGGGGGGAGCUGGGCUACUUCCGCAUGUCCCAACAGCGGGAUUGUGGCGUCACUUUGGGCGCUGCCUACCCUAAAGUGAAGGAGGAUAGUACUACACAAGGGUGACUCGACAUGGGCAAAGUUACCUUUUGCAUCUGUAGCCUGCAUCACGUGGCAGCAAAUGAAAUUUGCGUAACGCUAAAC